AUGUUCAACGUUAAUUACCCCACCUUUUCUUAUGUCCCCACGAUUUAUGACCCCUCAGUGGUCCAGGCUACCUCCUCGGGAUGGCCAGGACCAGUCCCAGUUUUACUGCCUGAGGGUAAUUUUGUCGUGGAGGCCGACUUGGCUUCAAAUUUGAAUUUAGGAGGGAUUGGCCGAGUCCAAAGCGGAAGAGUGGAGAAGAAGAAGGAGAAGAGAUGGGCCCGCACCAAGUGGUCGCAAGAACAGGAGCAGACACUGGCUGCGGCGUUCGCGGAAGACCAAGAGAUAGGCUCGCGAAUGUCGCAGCUGGUAGAAGCGACUGGUCUGCCGGAGAAAACCAUAAAGGUGUACUUCGCGAACCACCGGGCCAGAAGUAAGAAGAGCCAGAAGGAAGACAAGCCAAAGAAGCCAGGAAGGCCACGUAAGUUAACAGAGGUAAGUGAGGGGUACGGUAGCUGGGAGGGGUCCCCUUCGGCUGAAUUUGCAAGUGGCUUGGGGCAUGGGCAAUAUAUGCACGCUGGAUAUCCAAGCCAAAACUUGGAUAUUCAGGGAGCAUAUAGUGCCCCUGCCCAGAGCCAGGCUCAAUUUGCCUCGGGCAACUAUUGUUUGCCAUCGCAAAACUAUUACAGUAACCCUCAGGGAUCAUGGGAUUACAGUAACACAUCAGCAAACUAUUAUCCGCAGAUGGGUUACUGUUAUCCAGUGAUCCCUGAGGGGUACUGUAACAAUUUUGUAAAUGGAAAUAAUAUGCCCUCGGGGCAAAUUGAGCAGAGUCCGAGCUUGGAGGCGUGUUUGGAGACUCCAAGCGAGGACUUCUUGCAAGAUGCCAUGCAAAUUGCUGGCACUGAACCGGCGGAAGAGGCCCGAGCUGCGCCCGAGAAUUCGGAGGCCAAACUGGCCGAAGAUAAUUGGGACGAAGUCUUAGCGGGUUUCGACAACUAUUAA